AUGGGGAAGAGGGGGUGGAUGAGGUACCAGCAUCUGCUUCACUAUGCAGAGGGGAGCUUCGCGCUGAUGUUGGUGGUCGGGGUGAUCUUGGCCGUCUUUGGCAGCAACAAAAUCCCCUUCUUCCUCCGCCCCAUCACCGGGUUCGUCGCCGACAAGAUCUACAAGGCGUUUGUCGUGCCCCACUGCGGAGAAGCACCUCGCCUUUUUGGACGGAAUGCUCGCCACUUCGCCUUCUGCUGCUGGCGAUGAAGAAGGCGAGAGGUAUCUCUGCGGGGGGGUUCCUGACCGCGGUGGAUAUCCUGCUUAGCUUCAACUUGGCCACUGCCAGGGACGGGGUGGGCAAGGUGAUGGUCACUGCCGGCGAUGGCAAGGCGGGCAAGAU